AUGGUGCAGGCGCGGCGCCUAAAGCCGCGCGCCCCCCGUCGCCGCCGCCCCGCGCCCCGGAGCCCGCGGGCCACCGAGACCCGGGGCGCCGCAGCCCCCGGGGAGCACGGAGCCGAGGAGGCGCAAAAAGAAUGCCGCGGGGACGUGGGUCCCGGGUCAGCGGGCCGUCCGGGGAAACCGCGGCGCCAUGGAGCACAGCCGGCCGCGGAGGAGGCUCGCUCAGGCGCCUUCCCGCGCCGCAGCCGCCUGCACCCCUACGCGCCGGCCGGCCGAGCAGCCAUUAAAGCGCAGGCAGCGCGGCGCUGCGAGCGCCGGGGCCGAGGCCCCCGGGCAGUGGCCGCUCCGCUCCGGGGCGCACGGCUGCGGCUGGGUCCGCGCGCUUGUGAGUACCGCGCUAUCGCGCGCGCCGGGGCCCUCGGCUGCCCUGCGCCGUCCACCGAGCCGGGACCGAGCUGUGGGCGCCUUGCCAGCCGCGGAGACCGCUCCGAGCGCCGCCCGCCGCUGCCCGGCCAGCCCCCUCCCUGGCACGCAGGGCCCUGGCCCACGUCGGCCCCGCCCCCGCCCGCGCUCGCCGCCCUCCGGCCGCCGCUGCGUCCUCCGCGGCGCUUCCCAGCGCGCCGGAUCCCGGGGAAUUGCGCCAGACCCCGCCCCGCGCUGCCUCUGGGCUUGCUGGGACUUGUAGUCCUUCACUCCGGCCGGCCCGCGCGCGUGGGGUGCGCUGUGCGCUCGCGUCGCAGCGCGCUGGGCGGGCCCCGCGGGGUGCUCGGAUGCCACUCCAGCCGGCGGAUCUGCGCGCUGUUCUUGGCCGCCUUGGGCCCUCUCGAUUGUCCCCACUGCCCUGUGCCAGUCCUGGCGCCUCGGCACCGGGAAAGUGGUACGCAAGCCCUCCCGCCCGCGCUUUUGUUUGUUUGCCAGCAGAUCUCUUAAGGAACCCCUGAGAAGCGUGAAGUCCCCUCCCCUGUCUGCCAACUUUCUGCCUCCUUUCUUGGACCCAGCAGAGUUUCUUCCCUUCCCGUGGGAUGCACGGGGGUCCACGCUUCAUCAAUAAACCGAACUUGAAGCUGGAAUGGCAGGCGGGACGAUUCCACGGGGUCUUCUAGGAAGGCUUUUCCAUGAAAGUGCUGUAGCUUCCAAGCUGCAGGUCUUCGAGGGCCGCCUUCUCUGCUCCGGCCCCGUGCAGGCUCACCCGAUACUAAAUCCACCUUAGCUCAGUCCAGGAGCCCAUGAAGCUGGACCGCACUGCAGCUGGGAGCUCAUCCCAACCGCUCCAAGCGAAUAAGGUUGUUGCAAAUUUCCAAAGAGCCAGGGCGAGUCCGAGAUCCUGAGUCUGUGCACUACGGCGGAGUCCCUGUGCACCAUCCGCGGUGUUUCCUAAAUACACCCACAUUCUUGAUUCAAGUGUCCUGUGCCUUACCUGGUCCAAAUACAAGCUAACGGGCAGCCCAGCGGACCCAGGCAGCCAAGGUCUUAGGUUUCUCUUCCGGAUUCCACCAUUGCUCAGAUAGUACUAUCCCUUCCUUGUCAAGCCUUCCUUGGCCCUAAGACUGCAGAGGCCCCGGCAUGUUCUGUGCCUAGCCUCUGACUUUGCCCUUAGCAGUGACAUUAAUAGAGAUGCUGACAUGUGGGUUCAUUCUACUGUAAGCAAUUCGUCUCUACCCCACCUUGAAACCUCUCUGUGAAAUAAUUCCAGGCCUCCCCUGCUCCACAUCUGGCUUCACAACGUCUUUUGAGCGUCCUGUUUAUUUCCCUAAGCUUUAAGUGUGGAUGGCCCUGGGACUGGUCUUCAUACCAGACUUACCUGUGUCUCUUAUGGCUUUGAGUGUCAUAUAGAGGUUGAUGACACUAAAUUUUCUAUCCCAAAUGUAUCCACCUGUCCCUCCUCAUCCAACAGCAAGUGUUGGCUUGAAUAUAGCUUAUGUCAUGGUGAGCAUCCUGUAGUCUCCGCACUCAAGAGGCUGAAACAGGAGGAUUGCUGUGAGUUCAAGGCCACCUGGACUCAAGGACCCUUGGGAUUGUACUGAGCCCAAGAGGAUAAUUCAGACUCAUGUCUCCACUUCAAGGUCAUCCGAAUUAGCACUUUUAAUUCCACCUGCCACC